CCCCCUGCCCCUGCGGCGGCAUCCUGGCAGGGCGACUCCAGGACACUAGUGACCGGAGCGCGAAGAUUCGGGGGUGGGAAGGUGUGAGCCGCAAACCCAGAGGGGCCGGGAAAGAAGAGGAGGCCCGGGGGUGGUCGGAGGACCGGGGUCGCGGCUGCGGAGGCUGCUCGGCCUCCUCCCUGGCUGGCUGGCUAGUUGGCUGACUGACGGGCUAGCUGGCUGGCUGACUCACUCACUCACUGACUGGCUGGCUGGCUUGCAGCCUCUGGCCCGACGCUGGAAGCUGCGGCGAGCGGCGCGCGAAGCGGAGCCAUGGCCUCGAGCGGAUAUAAUCCCUAUGUGGAAAUCAUUGAACAGCCAAGGCAGAGGGGCAUGCGGUUUAGGUACAAGUGUGAAGGGCGCUCAGCCGGCAGCAUCCCAGGGGAGCGCAGCACAGACAACAACCGGACUUACCCGUCUAUCCAGAUUAUGAACUACUAUGGAAAAGGAAAAGUAAGAAUUACAUUAGUGACAAAGAAUGACCCCUAUAAGCCCCACCCUCACGAUUUAGUUGGAAAAGAUUGCAGAGAUGGGUACUAUGAAGCAGAAUUUGGACCGGAACGCAGACCUCUGUUUUUUCAAAAUUUGGGUAUUCGGUGUGUAAAGAAAAAAGAAGUGAAAGAAGCCAUCAUUUUAAGAAUUAGCGCCGGAAUCAAUCCUUUCAAUGUCCCUGAACAGCAGCUGCUGGACAUUGAAGACUGUGACCUCAACGUGGUGAGGCUGUGCUUCCAAGUUUUCCUUCCUGAUGAACAUGGUAACUUCACAACCGCGCUGCCUCCCAUUGUUUCCAACCCGAUUUACGACAACCGUGCCCCAAAUACUGCAGAAUUAAGGAUCUGUCGUGUGAACAAGAACUGUGGCAGUGUCAGGGGAGGAGACGAAAUAUUUCUGCUCUGUGACAAAGUUCAGAAAGAUGAUAUAGAAGUUCGUUUCGUGUUGAAUGACUGGGAAGCCAAAGGUAUUUUUUCACAAGCUGAUGUGCACCGCCAAGUCGCCAUUGUUUUCAGGACGCCUCCAUACUGCAGAGCCAUAGUGGAGCCUGUGACAGUGAAAAUGCAGCUGCGGAGGCCUUCCGACCAGGAAGUCAGCGAGUCUAUGGACUUCAGAUACCUGCCAGAUGAAAAAGAUGCCUAUGGCAAUAAAUCAAAGAAGCAAAAGACGACUCUCAUUUUUCAGAAACUGCUGCAAGAUUGUGAAAAACGUAUCAUACCAAGUCACUUCCCUGAGAAAACAAGAACUGUCCCUCUGGAGUCAAUUGGAGAAACAAGAUUCAUCAAAAAAGAAUCCAACUUGUUUUCUCAUGGUACAGUUUUACCGGAAACGCCCAGGUCUUCAGGAGUUCCAGGGCAAGCUGAACCCUACUAUUCUUCAUCCGGGUCCAUCUCAAAUGCAUUGCCACAUCACCCGCCAGCCAUGCCCUCCAUGGUCCAUCAGCCUGCAAGCUGGUCACCGGUGACGCACCCCACCUCACACCCAGGCAGUACUAACACCCUGAGCAGCUUCCCGGCCGGACAGCUUUCCUCUAACUCACAAGGUGUCCUUCCGUUCCUAGACGGGGCUGGCAUGAACGACUUAAGUGCCUCUAAUGCUUGCCUUUUUAGUACUGAUAACCUGGCUAGGAUGGAGACGCCGUCCAUGUCACCGACCGACUUAUACAGUAUUUCCGACGUCAACAUGCUGACGAACCGGCCUGUGAGUGUGAUGACAGCCAGCACUGAUGGUAUGGGGGACACUGAUCACCCGAGACUUGUGAGUGUCAAUCUUGAAAACCCCUCCUGUAACUCCAGGUUAGACCCAAGAGACCCGAGACAACUGCAUCAGAUGUCUACUGCCAGUAUGUCAGCAGCAGGCACCAGUUCCAGUUCCGUUUUUGUUUCACAGUCGGAUGCAUUCGAUAGACCCCACUUCAGCUGUAUAGAUAAUGGUCUGACGAAUGAACCCGGAUUAGCAAACGACGCACAUCACCCUAACUUCGCCCAGAGCAGUCAGUACUCAGGUAUCGACACUCUGCAGAGUGAGCAGUUGGGUGACUCCUUCGCGUAUAGUUUUUUCAAAAUAUAAGUUGUAGGACUUAAAUAGGUAUACAGACUAUUAAGAGGAAGUUCAGAUGUCAGAACUUUAAAGCCGCCACUGUUUCUUACUUUGAAAAAGAUAUGCCUGAAGUACAUGUGCUUGAUGCGAAUUGUUUUUCUGUAUUUCCCCAAGACCAGCUAUGUGUCUUUAUAAUGUAUUAGUUAAAUGAAAGGAUAUUUGCUUUCAAGCAGAUUUAAAGUAAAACAUGUAAUGGCUAUGCCAUUGGGAAAUAAACUCAUUGUUGUUGAGGCCCAUAGGCCAAA